GGUGGUGGCCGGGGUUUGCUCGCCGCUGCUCCGCGCUUGUUUGUGUGGAGUCGUUUCUGCGCGGGAUAAUGACAGCCAUCGCUAACGCGUGUCUGGGUCAGGCGGGGCACGUUACCCGCUCGCGGUAAUGAGAGGGUUCGUCUGUUUGAAGAACGCAAACACGGAGACAUGUCCACCGUUGCUAUGGAGAGACUGCGCCUGCCGGGCCGGAUAGGACCGAGCCGGGGCGGGUAGGACAGGGCCGAGCCGGGACGGGUAGGACAAGACCGAGCCGGGACGGGUAGGACAAGACCGAGCCGGGACGGGUAGGACAGCACCGAGCCGGGGCGGGGAGGACAGGACCAGGCCGGUGUGGGUAGGCCCGAGCGCCGCCAGCGCGCUGUAGUAGCCUGUUGGGUUGAAGGAGAGCAUACCGAUAACGGAUUACUCCGAAAAAUUACCAGAAGACGGAGUGAUGGGGUACUCCACAGGCAAAGCAGAGGCAAACUGUUAGAGCAAGGGAUGGCUUCCAGUAUGAGGCCAGAGGUUUGCGGGUCCCGCUAAAGUCAUUUUAAGGAGACAUAAAGGUUGGUUUGUUUUCUCGGCAUUGGAAGAUUGGUAGGACUAACGAGAAUGCCUCCAAGGCCUUCUUCUGGAGAACUAUGGGGCAUCCAUUUGAUGCCCCCGAGGAUUCUGGUGGACUGUUUACUGCCUAACGGCAUGAUCCUGACCCUGGAGUGCCUGCGUGAGGCCACGCUAAUCACCAUCAAGCACGAACUCUUCAAGGAGGCCAGGAAGUACCCCCUGCACCACCUGCUGCAGGAGGAGACCUCCUACAUCUUUGUCAGCGUGACCCAGGAAGCAGAGCGGGAGGAGUUUUACGACGAGACCAGGAGACUCUGUGACCUCCGGCUCUUCCAGCCUUUCCUAAAGGUCAUCGAACCUGUGGGCAACAGGGAAGAGAAAAUUCUCAACCGGGAAAUCGGUUUUGCAAUCGGCAUGCCCGUGUGUGAGUUUGACCUAGUGAAGGAUUCCGAAGUUCAGGACUUCCGACGAAAUAUACUGAACGUCUGCAAAGAUGCAGUGGAACUACGGGACACCAACGGGUCCCACAGUCGGGCGCUGUACGUCUACCCUCCCAACGUGGAGUCAUCCCCCGAGCUUCCGAAACACAUCUUUGGCAAAUUAGAUAAAGGUCAGAUCAUCGUGGUCAUCUGGGUGAUCGUCUCGCCCAACAACGACAAGCAGAAGUACACGCUGAAGAUCAACCACGACUGCGUGCCUGAGCAGGUGAUCGCUGAGGCCAUCAGGAAGAAGACGCGCAGCAUGCUGCUCUCGGCCGAGCAGCUGAAAAUGUGCGUGCAGGAGUACCAGGGCAAGUACAUCCUCAAGGUGUGCGGCUGCGACGAGUACCUGCUGGAGAAGCACCCAAUCAGCCAGUACAAGUACGUCAGGAGCUGCAUUAUGCUGGGCCGCAUGCCGAACCUGAUGUUGAUGUCCAAGGACAGCCUGUACUCCCAGCUCCCAGCCGACACCUUCACCAUGCCCUCAUACUCCCGCCGCAUCUCUACCGCCACUCCCUACAUGAACGGCGAGGCCUCCAGCAAGUCCCUGUGGGCCAUCAACAGCACCCUGAGGAUACGGGUCCUCUGCGCCACAUACGUCAACGUCAACAUCCGGGACAUUGAUAAGAUUUACGUGCGCACGGGGAUCUACCACGGAGGAGAGCAGUUGUGCGACAACGUGAACACGCAGCGUGUGCCUUGUUCAAACCCCAGGUGGAACGAGUGGCUCACCUAUGACAUGUACAUUCCGGAUGUGCCCCGGGCUGCCCGUCUCUGCUUGUCCAUUUGCUCUGUGAAGGGCCGGAAGGGGGCGAAAGAGGAACACUGUCCGCUGGCUUGGGGAAAUGUGAACCUCUUUGACUACACGCACACGCUGGUCUCGGGGAAGAUGGCGCUGAACCUGUGGCCGGUGCCACACGGUCUGGAGGAUCUUCUCAACCCCAUCGGAGUCACCGGCUCCAAUCCCAACAAGGAAACCCCAUGUCUUGAGCUGGAGUUUGACUACUUCAGCAGUCCUGUGAAGUUCCCUGACAUGGCAACAGUAGAGGAUCAUGCUAAUUGGAUGAUAUCCAGAGAGAUGGGUUACAGUUAUUGCCAGUCUGGUCCGAGCAGCAGACUGGCGCGAGACCACAUCAUAACGGAAGCUGAUAUUGAGCAACUGCGGCAGCUGGCGAACAGAGACCCGCUUUCUGAGAUCACUGAGCAAGAGAAGGACUUCCUGUGGAGGCACAGGCAGUACUGUGUAAACAUACCUGAGAUCCUGCCUAAAAUUCUGCUUGCGGUGAAAUGGAACUCCAGAGAUGAAGUUGCACAGAUGUAUUGCCUGCUUAAAGACUGGCCCGCAAUCAAACCGGAGCAAGCCAUGGAGCUUCUGGACUGCAACUACCCAGAUCCGAUGAUCCGUGACUUCGCAGUACGGUGCCUUGAGAAAUAUCUGACUGAUGACAAACUCUCCCAGUACCUUAUUCAGUUGGUCCAGGUUUUGAAGUAUGAGCAGUAUCUUGAUAACCCAUUGGUGCGAUUUCUGCUUAAAAGAGCCCUGACCAACCAGAGAAUCGGACAUUUCUUUUUCUGGCAUUUGAAGUCGGAGAUGCACAACAAGACGGUGAGUCAGCGCUUCGGCCUGCUCCUGGAGUCGUACUGCCGCGCCUGUGGCAUGUACCUGAAGCACCUGAGCAGACAGGUGGAGGCCAUGGAGAAGCUGAUCAACCUCACUGACAUCCUCAAACAGGAGAAGAAGGAUGAGACCCAGAAGGUCCAGAUGAAGUUUCUGGUGGAGCAGAUGAGGAGGCCGGACUACAUGGACGCACUACAGAAUUUCACGUCCCCGCUCAACCCCGCCCACCAGCUGGGCAACCUGCGGCUGGAAGAAUGCAGAAUCAUGUCUUCAGCCAAGAGGCCGCUGUGGCUGAACUGGGAGAACCCCGAUAUCAUGUCAGAGCUUCUCUUCCAGAAUAACGAGAUCAUCUUCAAAAACGGCGACGACUUGAGGCAGGACAUGUUGACUCUCCAGAUCAUCAAAAUAAUGGAGAACAUCUGGCAGAACCAGGGCUUGGACCUCAGGAUGCUGCCGUACGGCUGCCUGUCCAUCGGCGACUGCGUGGGGCUGAUCGAGGUUGUGAGGAGUUCUCACACCAUCAUGCAGAUCCAGUGCAAAGGUGGCCUCAAGGGGGCGCUGCAGUUCAACAGCUCCACGCUGCACCAGUGGCUGAAGGACAAGAACAAGGGCGAGACGUACGACAUGGCCAUCGACCUGUUCACCCGUUCCUGCGCCGGAUAUUGCGUGGCCACCUUCAUCCUGGGCAUCGGAGAUCGGCACAACAGCAACAUCAUGGUGAAGGACGACGGACAGCUGUUCCACAUAGAUUUUGGCCACUUCUUGGAUCACAAGAAGAAGAAAUUUGGCUACAAGCGCGAGCGGGUGCCAUUCGUCCUAACCCAGGAUUUCUUAAUCGUGAUCAGCAAAGGAGGAACUCAAGAAUGCACUAAAACCAGGGAGUUUGAGAGGUUCCAGGAGAUGUGCUACAAGGCCUACCUGGCCAUCCGUCAGCACGCCAACCUGUUCAUCAACCUGUUCUCCAUGAUGCUGGGCUCUGGGAUGCCCGAGCUCCAGUCCUUCGACGACAUCGCCUAUAUCCGCAAGACCCUCGCGCUGGACAAGACGGAGCAGGAGGCCUUGGACUACUUCAUGAAGCAGAUGAACGACGCCCACCAUGGCGGGUGGACCACCAAGAUGGACUGGAUCUUCCACACCAUCCGGCACCAUGCCCAGAACUGAACCCGCCAUGGCCUGAACUUGCAGGAAGGAUCUUGAGCCAGCUAGCGGACCCUUGGCCAGGACACUACUGGUACCUCAAUGCUAGCAGAAGUGUGGCAAGCCUGACCUCAUGUACAAAAGUGGGGUGAUGCCCCAACUGAUCUACAAAGCACUAAACAAUCCAGAUUUUUUUUGUUUGUUUUUCCUCCUCUAACCUUUUUUUUUUUUUUGUGGCAUCCAAACAGAAAAAUACUAACCUGGAUCUUUGUCCAGAAUCCUUACACAUUGUUCUGUUGUUUCCUGUAGUUUUGUACUGAUGUCUCUUUUUUAUAUGUUUUUGCUGCUCUAUUCCUGGAGAGACCAUGGCAGGUGGUUUGUUUUUGUUUUUUGUUGUUUUCUCGAGAAGAAUAUUCUCAACAUGCCUGUGGGAAGAGUUCUUCAUUCUUCAAGCAAUUUCCAGGUUGCUCAUGUCUUCCUCAAAGUACAGACGCCUUUAAAUAUGCAUGCAUGGAACCUCCUGAGAACUCCAGAACUAACAGGGUAAGAUUUUUGGCGUUGGGUCUGUGAACCUUCACUCCGAAACAAGUCCCUGAAAGAUGGUUGCUGUUGAAUCCUAAGAUAAUGUAGUGAGAUUGGCAUCUCCUGUGACCGUAUAUAUGCAUUUGACUAUUGGCAAAUAUUGUUCCAACAUGGGCCAUAUCUAAAAGGGAUUUUGUUCUCCACUUUCACCCCUUACAGAUUAACACUAGACCAGAGUAGUGGCCUAAAAGUAGCUACAGAUCCAGUAGGAAAGUCACGUUUGAUAUGUGGUUAAGUCAAAUUUGGAAUUUAGAGUCAAAUUUGCACCUUUUUUUGUGGUUUUAUUGUGGGACACAGUCCUUACGCCUCCUGACACUAACAGCCGUGAUGGAAAGAGGUGGUUGGUGCGUCUGUCGGAUCCAGGGCAGCGCUACACAACGGCCCUCGGCCACGUCGCGCGGAAGUGGACCGAAGCUGACGGGAAGCUUCACCCGAUGCAACGGCCCGGUACGCGCGAGCGUCUGCCAUAUACGUGCCACCAGGCGCGUGCUAGCGGCGUGUAGACAAAGCCUUAAUGUCCUGUGUUCUGCAUGCGGCCUCGUAAGCUUGUGGGGAGUGGGCAGAAAAAAAAAAGUAGUGAAACCCUGUUUGCGUUUUCAUGGCUAAGUUUAACCAAGCAGGUUCAUUUCAUGGCUACGCUUUUCUCGUACAGUUCUGGAGGAAGAACCUGAGAGCGGUGCUAACCAUAUUCCUCUGUACAGGAAGGGAAAAGGCUCAGGGUGAACUGCUGGACGACACGACGGGUCCGGAAUGGUGACACCGGCGGUCUCGAUUAGCACUCUAGUAUGCGAUGACGAUUAGAUUUAAUGUGUCCCCGACGGGCCGUUUAACGCGUCAAAGCUGCAGUAUAGUCACGAUGUAGUUAAGACGUGUGUAGUUUACUGUUGGGGAGGAGUAUAAAUGUGCAUGUUUAGUGGGAGGGCGGCGGGCAAAUUUAUGAAAGCCGAUCUAAAGUUUGGUUCAUCUCUCUGGGUUUAUCGAGAACGGCUUCUAAACAGCAGCGUGCCGAAUCUGGAGAGUAAGCGGGACAGAGUUUAAGACCCGGCCCAGACGCCCGCGCUGGCAGGCAGACUAGGCCUCGGCCUUAUCCCCGUGCAUCCGAAAACCUUUUCAGCAAUAAAUUAGCAAAGCAUGCCAAAACGAUGCUAAGAUCCGACAGUCAAAACCAAAUCAAUCGGCCUCUAUAUUAGCAGUUCUUUGUACGCCCGCGUCUGACCUCGUGUUUUGUGCGUUAUGUUGUUCGUUUUAAUCACAGUAACUCGUCACUACCUAAUUGCGACUCGGUAAGCUAACUUCUUUUUGUGGUUGCGGAGAAAGCCUGUUAUGUUUUUUGCAUUACAUUUAAGCUGUGAAAAUCUAAGGAUUACAAAUGAGGUGCAAUCAUGUUAUCUGUAUGGAUAGCCUAUAUGUCUACUGGUGGGAAAAGGUCCUUGAGAAUGAUGUUAUUCAAAAUACACUAGUUUAUGAAAGUCUUUGUUACCUGACACUUUCCCGCUUAUUCUAUUAAUCUAAGCCAAAGUUUUACAUGGGGGGGGGGGGGAGUUCCCAAACGCUGGAUCUAGGUUUUCAUCUGCAUAUCCACCUCAAAGCAUUACAGGAGUAGUCCGUAUUCCUGGACAUCUUAGCAUUUACUGAAGAUACAAUCAUCUAUAUUGGAAAGUCUGAAGGACUCCUUUCUUUGUGCUGUUAAAACGGCACGCUGUUUACGUAAGAUGUUCCUUGAGAGGCCAAACCAUCUGCCUUUGCAGUAGAUGUCUCGGUGGACACAGUCUACACAAUGCAAAGACCACGGUGAUCUUUUCUCUUUUACAUUCUGUAGAGAGCAUGUACAGUUCUACUGGACAAUAAUGCAAAACAAAUUAAUGCAAAGAAAAGGAAGACAAUUUUUUUCCUCUGGUAUAAUUUACCAAAAGUAUAAUGAAGUGUGUGACAUUGUGGUAUUCCAGACUUCAAAGCUUGAGGUUUCAGAUUUUUAAACUUCAAUGUCAUUCUUAUAUGCAGUAAGAAAAACAAACAAACAAACAGUGGGACAGGAACUAAUGUACGCAGGUGGCCUUUGCACUUUGUAACCCCCGGCCCUUCUUUACAAUGCCUUCAGUGCUACAGGACAGUGUAGUUCACUCGCAUGUCUUUUUAAGCAGCAUUUCCAGUUGUACUCCUAUACUGCCUGAACCAGAUCACGUGAAUUAGCUGUUAGUUAAAUGUAAAAGCCUUACGUUGGCCCUCCAAAAGCCAUUUGUCGCAUGGUCCUAUUCGCUACUUUGUAUGUUUUGUCUGUACCGGUUACAGACGCUUUUCUGGGCUGGACCCAUUCAGGAGCCCAUGUAGAACGUCUCUGUAGUAACGUGCAAAUGCUUUCUACCCCGCCUUCUUUUCACCAACUGCAACCGGGGAAAACUAUUGAGAUGCUGGACACUUGGCGUCUUUUAUAUGAGUUACAAAAGAAAAAGAAAAAAAAACUUUUUCGUAUUUGAGUUUGAGAUGUGCUUGUUGGUCCUCGCUCUCAGAACCAUCACCGUUUAUGUGGAGAACAAACAUGUUAUUGUGGUGUAGCACUGAAGGUUUGCUCACAGGCAAUUUCAUACCGAUUGUGAAUGUUGAAGUAGUUUGGCUGUUAAGAGUUGUCUGCUGGAGGAACUCUUGGACGUUUCUAAAAGAAAGGUUGCCAUUCUUUGAAUUUUAAGGUAAAUUGAAAUAUUGCCGUAUUACGUGACGAGUGGCAAAAUAUGUGGAAUAAUUGUUUAAAAUACCGAAAGGAAGGUCAGAAUUUUGUCUGCUAUUCUAAAAUGUUUUGACUGGUUACGUUUCUGUAUUGUUCUGGGCAGUACUAUUGCAUUUACAUGUUGAAUUAUAUUUUCAUAUAUAAUUAAUUAUUUUCAGCAACACUACUUAGUGGGCCAAAUGAUGCUCCAUACAUCCAUCCUGCAUGAGGUUUAAGUUAAAGCUAAUCUGUUUAUUCAUUAUGUGUAGAUUAAAAAUAAAUCAAUAAAGAACUGUUUGGCCUAAGACUGCACUCUGUAGUAACCAUCUAUAACUGCUAACAGUUAUAUACCUUCAUUCUCAUUUAUUUACUGUUUCAUUGUGCACCUCAGUUGAAAGGUUGCUUUGUAUCCUGUCUAUCUUCAAUAUUUGAGUGUUAUGUGACUAUGUACAAAUAAACAUUUAAAAAAAAUG